AUGAGUGAGGAAUCUCGCACCAGGCCGCUCAUUGAGGAGGAACUGGACUUGGAGCUUAUUGAUGUCGACUUGUAUCGUUCCAAGAGACUCUGGCGACCAUCUCGUGCUCGUGGUGUAUUCGGAGGCCAAGUCGUUGGCCAGGCAUUAGGUGCUGCUACGCGCACUCUCGACCCAAAAUUCCACGUCCACUCACUCCAUGCCUACUUCUUGCUACCUGGAGAUUCGCGCAUCCCUAUAAUAUACGUCGUCGAUCGUAUUCGGGAUGGUAAAAGCUUUGCUACUCGUAGUGUAGCAGCAAAGCAGAGAGGCCGUGUAAUAUUCCAGGCACUAGUCAGUUUCCAGGUGCCCGAAAAGUCGAUUCUGUCCCACCAAAUACCAAUGCCUCAAGUCCCCGAACCUGAAAUGGUGCCCUCUCAAGAAGAUAAUAUGAGGAAACUAUUGGAAGAUCCCAAAGCUGCCAAGCUUCACAAAAUGGUGCGAAUGAGGUUGGAUGAACCGCUGCCGAUUGAGUACAGGGAUAUAGUAGGAGGAGAGACUUAUGAGCCCGUUGUAUCGCGUAAUACUGGUAGUGGUCAGAGCAAGGGAGGUGCUAAACGAAUGCUGUGGAUGAAAUCAAAGGGACGACUUCCAGAUGAUAUGAGCUAUCAUCACUGUGCUGUUGCUUAUUGCUCGGAUCAUUAUUUGCUUGGAACCGCUAUGCUGCAGCAUAAUGUCUCCUUUAGUGAGUCAUCAAAUCCAAGGCUGACCAUUGUUGCUUCACUGGACCACACACUAUGGUUUCAUGAUGUUUUCCGAGCUGAUGACUACCUCCUGUACAUUAUGGAGUCCAGCUGGACCGGAGGCGGACGAGCUAUGAUGUAUGGAAGGAUUUAUACGAGAGACGGACGACUGGUUGUCUCGUGUGCUCAGGAGGGAUUGUUGCGUGCUGAAUACAACGUGCCAAAAGCGCUGAAGGAUUCGACGCCAGUGGAUCCGGCAUCAUCAAAGCCCAAGUUAUAA